AUGCAAAAUAAAUUAGAACAAGUAGAAGUUUUGUUAAUUAUUUCUGAUUUUUCUUUGACUGAAGGAGGAGUCGGGGACAGCAGCGUUUCUACUUUAUACGAACCUCGUUUAAUUGAUAAAUGUUUGGAAGAAAUUUCUUGGUUAUUAUCGCCUAAUGUAGUUGUGGCAUAUGGAAAUAAUCCAAAAAGUGUUGGGGAGGAAUUGUUAAAAAAAUGGUCUAAACGUUUCAAAAGGUUGCAGUAUUUGUCUGUGGAUGAGUGCAAAUCUAUAAACGACAUUUUACGUCAAGUUGAGGACCGUCAAUUACUCAAAACAGAUUUUUUGUUUGUUUAUAAUUGUGCUACUUUUUGUUCUGUUAGUUUGGAAAGUUGGAUUGAAAAUUUUAGAACCCUCAGAAAACAAAAUAAAAAUGCUGUAGCAACAUUAAUUUACUCAGAAAUUGAUGUUGAUGUAUCUUCAAAUAAUUCUUUAAUUUGUUAUAGAACUUGUACAAAAAAAUUGGUUAAUUAUAAUUUAAUAGAGGGAAGUAAAGGAAGAAGAUAUUUACAGACAAAAAAGGACAUUUUCCUCAUCGAAACAACUUUCCGGACAGAUUUAUUCCCUUUAAAUAUAUUUAUUUGUGCCUUAGAUUUUAUUGGACAUUUUGCUGGAAAUUAUGAUUUUAAUUGUGUAGAUAAUAUAAUUUUGGAUAUUUUAAGUAAUGAAGAAGUUAUUGGACAAGAAAUUUAUUUAAAUAUUUUGGAAAAAAAUAAAAUUGAAAAUUUAGAAGAAUUUGAAAAAAUAAUUAAAAUUAAAAAUUCUGGAAAGAAGAAAAUUAAAGAAUUCCCAGGAAAUUGUUCUGAUGUUUCUGAUGAGGAGGAAAAUGAAGAGGGAGAAGAGGAAAAUAAAAAGAAUGUGGGCGAGGGGAAUAAUAAACAGGAAUUUACUCAAUUUAUUUUAGAAGUAAGAGAAUCUAUGCAAGAAUUAUUCGAAAAAGAAGGAAAUACUUCAAAAGCAAUAAAUGAAUCAGAAUUUUCUAAUUUAAAAUUAGAAAUAAGUUCGUGUAAAUUAGCCUAUAAUGUUCCUAUGGAUGAAUUGCCAAGAUUAAUUUUUCUUUCUUUUAUUGGAAUUCCUGGGGUUACACAACAAUUGGUUUUGUUUAAGAAGACUUUUGACAAAUGGACGAUUCUUUGGAAUUUUUAUUUUAAAAAAUUAACAACAAGAAUUGGAAUAUUACAUGCUCUUGAAGAUUUUUCAACAGAAAAUGAAAAUUUUUGUCGAAUUCUUCCAAAUAUUUUGCAUUGGCUAAAUCAAGAAAAAGAAUUUUUGGAAGAUGAACAAAUUAUUUUGUGGUAUUCUUUGUUAAAUGAAGAAUCACCCUUGCGUUUAUUGCCUAAAUUGGGGGAGUUGGUUGAGUGGUUGAAAGACGAGGAGGAGGAGGGGGAUUAA